CUUUUUUUUUUCUUCCUCCACAUUGAUGGUUUCACGGGAGUAGUUGAAGUCUUCCCGCUGUCCUCGGAAGAGAAGCAUUCUGGGUCGUUUUAAGCUCCUCUGACGGAAAGUUUGGAGGAACUGUUUCAGGCGGAGUGAAAUUAGUUUCGCGUAGUAAACUAAAAGCUGCCACAAUGCCGGUUUUCCACACGAAGACGAUAGAAAGUAUCCUAGAGCCGGUGGCUCAGCAGAUAUCCCAUCUGGUGAUAAUGCACGAAGAAGGUGAAGUUGACGGGAAGGCUAUCCCGGACCUCUCGGCGCCGGUGGCUGCCGUCCAGGCGGCUGUUAGCAACCUUGUUCGGGUUGGAAAGGAGACCGUACAAACCACAGAGGACCAGCUCAUGAAAAGGGACAUGCCACCAGCUUUYAUCAAAGUGGAGAACGCAUGCACAAAGCUAGUGCAGGCUGCCUCCAUGCUGAAAGCUGAUCCGUACUCCGUUCCUGCUCGGGAUUACCUCAUCGAUGGGUCUCGGGGCAUCCUGUCUGGAACUUCUGACCUGCUUCUGACCUUUGAUGAGGCCGAGGUCCGCAAAAUAAUCCGCGUGUGCAAAGGUAUUCUGGAGUAUCUGACGGUGGCAGAGGUUGUAGAGACCAUGGAGGACUUGAUCACGUACACAAAGAAUCUGGGACCAGGUAUGACAAAGAUGGCGAAGAUGAUAGAUGAGCGACAGCAGGAGCUUACCCAUCAGGAGCAUCGUGUGAUGUUGGUCAAUUCCAUGAACACAGUCAAAGAGCUACUUCCCAUCCUCAUCUCAGGUAUAAAAAUCUUUGUAACAACCAAGACAUCCGGGAGCCAGGGUGUGGAAGAGGCCUUAAAGAACCGGAACUUCACUUUUGAAAAGAUGAGUGCCGAGAUAAAUGAGAUCAUCAGAGUUCUGCAGCUUACAUCCUGGGAUGAAGAUGCCUGGGCCAACAAGGACACGGAAGCCAUGAAGAGAGCUCUAGGGUUGAUUGACUCAAAGAUGGGUCAGGCUAAAAACUGGCUGAGGGAUCCAAAUGCUCCACCAGGCGAUGCUGGCGAGCAGGCCGUCCGACAGAUCCUGGAUGAAGCUGGUAAAGUUGGUGAACUUUGUGCUGGGAAGGAGCGCAGAGAUAUCCUGGGCACGGCUAAAACCCUGGGUCAGAUGACGGACCAGGUGUCUGACAUGAGAGCUAGAGGUCAAGGAGCAUCCCCAGCAGCCAUACAGAAGGCACAGCAGGUAUCCCAGGGGCUCGAUGUGCUCACAAACAAGGUGCAAAACGCUGCUCGCAAACUGGAGGCCAUGACGAACUCCAAGCAGGCCAUCGCCAAACGGAUCGAUGCUGCACAAAGCUGGCUCGCAGACCCCAAUGGCGGCCCAGAGGGAGAGGAGAACAUCAAAGCCCUCCUAAAUGAAGCCAGAAAGAUUGCAGAUCUGUGCGAGGACCCCAAAGAACGAGAUGAGAUUUUGCGCUCAGUUGGAGAGCUGGCUGCCAUGACUGCAAAGCUUUCUGAUCUCAGAAGACAUGGUAAAGGCGACACACCUGAAGCCAGAGCUUUAGCCAAACAGAUAGCAACAGCCCUGCAGAACCUGCAGUCCAAAACCAACAAGGCUGUGGCAAACAGCAGACCUGCAAAGGCAGCUGUUCACUUGGAGGGGAAGACUGAACAGGCGCAGCGUUGGAUUGACAAUCCCACUGUGGACGACAGCGGUGUGGGUCAGGCAGCCAUCCGUGGCCUGGUGGCAGAGGGCCGCAGGCUGGCUAACGCUAUGCCCGGCCCCUACAGAGCAGAGCUGCAGGGGAAGUGUGAGCAGGUGGAGCAGCUUAUGGCCCAGCUGGCUGACCUGGCUGCCCGUGGUGAGGGAGACUCCCCUCAGGCACGCGCUGUGGCCCAACAGCUCAAAGAAGCAUUGAAAGAUCUUAAAGGAAAGAUGCAGGAGGCGAUGACUCAGGAGGUUUCCGACAUCUUCAGUGACACAACAACCCCGAUCAAGUUACUGGCCGUGGCUGCCACUGCGCCCCUCGACGCCCCCAACAGAGAUGAGGUUUUUGAAGACAGAGCUGCCAACUUUGAGAACCAUGCCAACAGACUUGGUGCCACAGCGGAGAAGGCUGCUGCUGUCGGCACAGCAAACAAGAGCACGGUGGAGGGAAUCCAGGCCGCCGUCAAGUCAACAAGAGACUUAACACCACAAGUGGUUUCUGCUGCUCGUAUUCUCUUGAGAAACCCUGGCAACCAGGCAGCCUAUGAACAUUUUGAGACGAUGAAGAAUCAGUGGAUUGACAAUGUAGAGAAAAUGACAGGUUUGGUGGAUGAGGCCAUCGAUACCAAAUCUCUGCUGGACGCGUCCGAGGACGCCAUAAAGAAGGACCUGGAUAAGUGCCGUGUGGCCAUGAACAAUCACCAGCCUCAGAUGCUGGUAGCUGGCGCCACCAGCAUCGCCCGCAGAGCCAACCGGAUCCUCUUGGUGGCAAAACGUGAGGUGGAAAACUCUGAAGAUCCCAAAUUCAGGGAGGUGGUGAAGGCCGCGUCCGACGAACUGAGCCAGACUAUUUCUCCCAUGGUGAUGAACGCAAAGGCUGUGGCUGGAAACAUACAGGAUCCAAAUCUUCAGAAAGGCUUCCUGGACUCGGGCUAUAGGAUUCUCAGUGCUGUAGCGAAAGUCAGAGAAGCCUUCCAGCCCCAGGAGCCAGACUUCCCACCACCACCUCCUCCUGAACUGGAUCAGCUUCAUCUUAACGACGAAGCAGCACCUCCCAAGCCUCCUCUUCCAGAGGGUGAGGUCCCUCCCCCGAGACCGCCGCCUCCGGAAGAAAAAGACGAAGAAUUCCCCGAACACAAGGCCGGCGACAUCGUCAAUGAGCCCAUGAUGGUGGCUGCCAGGCAGCUUCACGAUGAAGCUGGCAAAUGGUCCAGCAAAGGAAAUGACAUCAUCGGUGCUGCCAAACGAAUGGCCCUGCUCAUGGCAGAGAUGUCCCGUUUGGUGCGUGGAGGCAGUGGAAACAAGCGUGCCCUAAUCCAGUGCGCCAAGGACAUCGCGAAGGCUUCUGAUGAGGUCACGCGGCUGGCUAAGGAGGUGGCUAAGCAGUGUACCGACAAGCGUAUCCGGACCAACCUGCUCCAGGUGUGUGAGCGCAUCCCCACCAUCAGCACUCAGCUCAAAAUCCUGUCGACGGUCAAGGCCACCAUGUUGGGCCGAACCAAUAUCAGUGAAGAGGAGUCGGAGCAGGCGACGGAGAUGUUGGUCCACAACGCUCAGAACCUGAUGCAGUCUGUGAAGGAGACUGUAAGAGAGGCCGAGGCAGCUUCUAUCAAGAUCCGAACAGAUGCAGGUUUCACCCUCCACUGGGUCAGAAAGACCCCCUGGUACCAGUAAGAUACCAGCCACUGGUCSUCUGCUUUGUGCUGGUUCUGUCCAGCUGUCCACGAGGACGUUGAAUGGACAGACGUAUGCUUUAUCAAAGCAAUGCCAGCGCCCCCACAUCUUGUGGGCAAAGUUUCUCCCAUGUCCUGUCUGUAAAGGUUGCUGUUCUGAUAUAAUUUAAAUGAUGGGACUAUUAGUGCAAGUUCUGGGUUAAAUUCUUUCUGGGAAGUGUGUAAAAAUAUAUUAUUAAAGCUUAACAUAUCCCAGGAUAAUGCAUAUAUAUAUGGGUCAUAUAAUAUAAGUGUGAUUGUUUCGAUCCAGAAGGGAUUAAAUUAAAAUUAAUUGACAUUUUUAUAUCKUUGUACUGAUUUACUUUACAAUCACUAUCAUUGGAUCAGUUUUGGCUUUAGGGGAAGCACAUGAACUUUAGGAGCUCUUACAAGUACAGCAGAGGCCUGUGCUCAGUGGUGUUACAGCUGUUUACAACCUUCUGCAUUUAAAAUAAACUAAAAAACACUGUCCUUACUUUUCAUACUGUAAUGGAGUUGUAGCAGUCUUUAUUUUCUUCAUAGUUCUGCCAAAGAUAUUUACCAUUAUCUUUGAAAACUGAUUCAUUUUAGGUGUUUCACACAUUGAAAUCAAGUUAAAAAAUCUGCUUCACUUUGAGGCCUGAAAGACUUUUUUUUUUUUACUUUAUUUUCCUCUAGCAGGCCAACAGAAUUUAAAUAUUACGUUCCGUUAGCUGUAAACACCACACAUUUGUAUGAUGAUUAUUUUUUUGUGCACAUUUUUUGAUAGUCAAGGGAAUUUUACCAUGAAGCACAUUGUCUGCAGCUGGAGAAACCUAUCGUCUCAGAUUUGUUUUAAUGUGACUCGAUACACUAAACAGAACCAGAUACCUUUUAAAGCAACUGAAGAAGAUACUUUAAAAAUAUCUGGAGAUGUUUUUUUUUUUUUUUUGUGGAAGUGUCCUUUUUUAAUAUCUAAAUGCCAACUGAUGUGCCUUGCUUUAUAAACUUAUUUUUUUGUAUUUGUAAAAGCUGCUUUAGUGCUAAUUACUUACACAUUUGUUAAAGGUUGGCCUUAUACAAAUCAAGUUAUACUCUAUGCAAACCACGAGUUUUUUUUCCUGUAAAAUUAUGCAACUUGGUUGGGUUUAAAUGGGUCUGAACACGAUUAUGCUUGAGCAUUGUUCACAGUUUUGUAAUAAUAAAKCAUUUUAUAACACCUGUA